GUGUCAUGGUUUCUAGGUCAAUCUAGGUUAUGGCGUUGUUUGUUAGUCCGGGAAGUCGCAAGAGUAACAAGUGAGAUAAUAAAUCAUGGAUAUUUCGUCGCCAACUCGGAAGCGAAAGCACAGUUCAGAUACUUCUGAAUCGGAAUACAAUUCUUCGGAUGAAGAGCUGCAAGAAGCCUUCACGAAAGGAUUAUUGAAACCAGGUCUCAAUGCUGUGAUUGAAACGAAUAAGAAGCAGUUCAAAAAUUGUGUCAGUCUCAUGAAACAAAAGUUGAGUGACAUAAAGCUAAACUUGCCAUGGGUUGAAAGGCUAGAUAUGGUAAACGCCCUGGCACCACUUGCACCAGAAUUGGCUCUUGAAAUGCAGGAGCAAGAAGUGAGACGAGCCAAACAGUUGCAAGGAAACAAGAAGUUACCUCAAUAUGAAUCGUCUCAAGAUCCUGUUUUAAAUGAUUUUCGUAGAGAAACCAUGUUUCAUCGUCAAGCUCAGGGUGCUGUUAUGGAUGGCAUUGCUAGAUUAAAGAAGCUUGGCAUACCAACAUUUAGACCAAAUGAUUACUUUGCUGAGAUGGCUAAAUCUGAUGAUCAUAUGCAGAAAGUACGAGAAAAUUUAAUGAAAAAACAGGUGAUAGCACAAAGAUCGGAAAAGGUGAGACAAUUGAGGCAACAAAAGAAAGUGGCCAAACAAAUGCAAGUAGAGGCAACUUUGAAAAAACAUGCAGAAAAAAAGAAAAUGCUGGAAGAGGUUAAAAAGUAUCGUAAAGGUGUAAGGCAGGAUCUUGAUUUCUUAGAAGAUAAAAAGAAACCACAAAAUAAACAGCUACAUCGUAAAAUGAAUCCAAAGGCACAAAUGAAAGCAAAAUCGAAGGCUGAUAAAUAUGGUUAUGGAGGUAAGAAGCGUCGUAGCAAAUGGAACACGAGAAGCAGCUCGGCCGAUGUUUCUGAAUACAAACGGCCACAGAAAGGAAAAUUACAGAAAGGAAAACCAAGAUUAGGUAAAAAUCGUAGGAAACAAGUAAAAGCAAAGAGGAAAACAUAAGAAACUUGAGUAAUAAUGGUAAGCUUGAUUUUUAUUUUGUAUGAUUCUGUAUACUCGAGUAACUGUGCGACUGAACUUUAUCAAUAAAUUGUAUACACUAUCGUAUAAUUAAUAUAAAUUA